AGAAACACGAGAUAUCUUUAGUCUUUAGCUACACAAUUUCAUACAAAUAACAGCAUUGGCUAGACAGAAUCUGCGUUCUGCCAAAACGCACAUUGGUAGAUAGAUAGUGGUAAAACAGGAAGGGAAGAGAGUGCAGCUGAUCUCUCAUACAUCAGGCUCAAGGCUUAUCACCAUGAAGACCAGAUUAGGCUGUCUUUCCAAAAAAUCGGACUCCUAUAGUGACUUCUCGGAGUUCCUGCCUCCUGCCCAUGAGACCACAGCAAGAUGUCUGAAACUAUCAACAGACGAAGUUGUUCGAUGGUCUGAGUCAUUUGAUCACCUUCUUGCUCACAAAUAUGGGCUUGCUGCAUUUCGAACAUUCCUUAAGUCGGAAUUCAGCGAUGAAAACAUCGAAUUUUGGAUGGCCUGUGAGGAGUACAAAAAAAUCAAGAGCUCAACCAAACUUGUGUCAAAAGCAAGCAAGAUAUUCAAGGAAUUCAUUGAGGUUCAGUCACCAAGAGAGGUGAACAUUGACUACCGGACAAGAGAAAAGACCAAACAGAGCCUGUCAGAUCCCACUCCAACCAGUCUCAAUGAAGUCCAGGGUAAAAUCUACAGCCUCAUGGAGAAAGACUCUUACCCACGAUUUCUCAGGUCCAAAAUGUACCAGGAUAUUGUCAACAGGGCACAUGCGCAAGGUCAGCGGAGGUCUGUUUGACCAAUACCUACUGCAGAGCACAGUGGACCAAAACCUGGACCUAUAUGGUAUAUCAAUCUUUGUCCCUUUGACACCAUAUCAAUACUGUGAAUAAGCAAGAAUGAAAUGACCUGCUUGACUGUUUUCUGUACACCUGUUCCAAGCAUGCAAUCCCCAUAGAAAACUCAUAUCUCUUUGAAUUGCAGUAUAUAUUGAGGAGACUCCUGAGGGACAUGUCGGAAAACUCAUUUCCUAAAAUAAAUCUGCAUCAUUCAACAAACGUAUUCAUCGCUGUAUAGGUCAUUUUAAAAAUAGUCACAGUGAUAUAAAAUAGACAAAUAAUAUGUUAUCGAAACUGAAUCAAGAUAAAUGAAUUGAUGUCAUCUGUUGGGAUGUGUUCUAGGAGAAAUAGCACCUACGUUUGUGUCACUUCUUGUCAAGGUGUUACUGUGUCUCAAUUUGGAUGUUUUUAUUUGUGCAAAACUAGUGCAGCAAAACCUGCAUGGUGCUAAGAGCAAGCAUGCAUGCAGUGUCACAUUGAAAAGAAUAGUUUUCUCUCCAAUAAAACUGGGGAUGACAAACAGCUACAGACUUAAAACCUGGCUAAACUUGAGCCAUCUACUAAGCCUCUUAUUACAAAUAUCAACCUUAUUAAAAUGUCUCAUUGAAAAGUUUUGAUAAGAGCUUUAAAAUUCUCUGCCAUUAUUAGCUGAAAGUGCACUAGUACUUGCAACUCAUAAGUACUAGAGCAAUUACAGCACUAGCAUUCAUACAUUCAUGACACAUGAAAACAAUGAAAAAAAAUGUGAGAUUCUUACGUUGAACCUAUUGGAUUUAUUUUUUCAUUUGUUUCUUCAAAACACAAAAAAAUACUUUAAAAUGUAUUUUUGUUUUGUAGAUUGUGUCUUCCUUCUUUCAUUUACAUGCUACUACUAUGGAAACUAGAGGUGCUGUUAAAGAGAAAAAUAGCUGAUCACUGUGUCAGGUUACUACAGAGAGUGGAGCAUCUUUAAUACAUCAUUGAAAUUGAUAUUGUUUUUCUAUUGAUUAUUUUUUUAUUAUUUUAUGCAUUAUUCAAAUCAACCAACUAUUCAAAUCAGUGUGGGUUUUUUUUAAAUAAAAUUUGUGAUUCGGUUUACAGUCAUGCCAUCUCAAGGUACUUUACAUUCCAAUUAAAGUAAACCCACUUUCUUUGUGAGCUAGAAAGUCUUAUAUGCAAAUUUUAGUUAGCAAAUUAGUUUCUGUAGUCAAAAUGAAAAAAAUGACCACCUAUUAUCUGUGGUUAUGCCAAACUACUUACUUAUAAAUUCAAAUUAGAAAAUCCUGUAUUUCCAACUGGAACAAUUGUAUAAUAGUGAGAACAUUGAGCAGAGUUUAUUGAUAUUUUUCUCAAGUGUAGUUAUUCCAAAAAGUGGAGGUUUGUUAAUUUUGUAAAACUUUUACUUUUUGCUGCAGGAGGAUACAGACUCACAAAUGAUGGUCACUGAAAAUAUUUUACUUUUAUUUAGGCUGAUCAAUACUAAUGUCAACAUUAAGUGUUAAUACAUUAUAAUUACUGACUAAAAUAUUACUUAAAUCCCAAAUCAAAUUCAAUAUCUGAAUUUUCUAAGUGUGAUAUAUAUUCAGUAAUUGUGGCAUUAAGCUCACAAUAGUAAAAGGUUUGUUAAAGUUUGCUUGAAGACAUUAAAAGAAUCUGACAGGAAACAAGACAGUCAGUUCCCAAAAACACACAUAAAAAAAUCUCGCAAAAAGUGUCCGGCUGACACCACCGGACCACUCACAGGGGAAAAAGGUGGUGAGGUCCAUAUGACCCCAUUUCGUAAGACAACAGGAGGGUUAAGGGUCUGAAGAAAGUUGUGAUGUCUGAACACAAAAUGAUGAGUUAACCAAUUUAUCUUGAGUUACAUCAGUCAGUAGAGAAAUGGUAAACUACUGAGGGAAAACUGUAAUUUUGUUGUGUUUUUUUUUUUUUUUUAAGUGUUGCAUUUGGGUGACUUACUAGCUGUACUUGGAAAUCAGAAUUCUUGUCUCUUGUAUUUUCACCUCUUUUUAAUAUGGAUGUUUUUUAGUAACAGCAUGAGUAUACUUCUUAGUUUUUAUGUAUUUCUUUUUUUAUUAUGUAUAUUUGCUGUCAUAAGGAUAGACAAUAAAUGAUAGUUUAAAAAUAAAUCCACAGUAGUGUUGUCAGUUCCUGAUGAGACUUUAUUCCAGUAUGUGCACUGUGCUAUACAAUCUACAGUAUAUUCUUACCCCUUAAAUAACAAGAUUAAAACUGCUUUCUUUACAGUAUGUACCACAUACCGCUACAUGUUUGAAGAUGUAUGUGUCUGUGUUUCACAUGAAUGAAACUUCCACAUAUAUUUUAUGAAUAAAAAUCAGAAGAGUAUACAUAAA